UUUUUUGGGCGUGACAAUUAAACAACAAAGAGGCCGCACAUAAACAUACAUAUAGAUAAAUAUUGGCUUCAGAAAUAAAUGGCGAAUGACAACAACAAGCGGUAAUUAUUGACACAGGAAGCGGUGGCCCCCCACUGAAAUAUAUACAUACAUAUAUGUAAUCCGCCGUUCUAUAAACAAAUUAUAUGCGAUGGAUGUGGAUAUGCCAUUUGUUUACUUUAGCCUUACCAUCCCGGAACCCUAAUGACCUAAUGACCCAUUAGUCGUGGCCUUACUGCAUUACAAUGUCCACAGGGCUUGGUCCUCCUGCAUCCUUGUCCAUCCAUCCCAAUUAGCGGACGCCCCCGCCUAAUUGAUUGAUUGCCCGCGGGUGUGUCGCACUUAGCGAUGGCCCACUGUCACAUUGUCACAUUUUACCCCUGUAUUGCCACUCGAUGGCCCGUCAAUUUAUCGCCAUAAAACCCCAUAUCGGAAUAAUUUUCACAUUUGAUAAGUGAAUGGGUGGAUGGGUUCGCAUUCUAAUUCCGCCACUUUUCACCCGCCCAUUUCCAUGGCGAUAAAUGUGAAGUGAGUGGCUUCUGGUGGCUCAAAAUGUGACAAGCCCAUUAAAUUGUGCAUUUUAUUUAUGACUUCGAUUGAAGAUCGAUGCGAAUUUCAGCAAAGCAAACGUUUUUCAAAUUAUGCUCACAACUAAUCGGUUUAAAAGUAAUCUUUAGACUUUUGUGACCUUAAUUAUUUGUAAAUUUAAAGAUCUAAAAUUUAUAUUUCCACUUGACCUCUUUGAUGCCAAAAUGGCUGGACUUUUACUGCGGAACUUCCGCGUUUUUUUUUUCCAGCAGACAGCCAAAAACAGAAUAAAAAAGCAGAAGCAUAUGGUCUGAAAUUAAGGCCAUUAAGCACACGUCGUGGUUAAAAUUAUCAGCCCGCCUUUUCCGACAGCUUUUGGUGUUGGCCAAAAGUGAUUAAUUUUGGUUUGAUAGGAUAGUUUGAUAGGAGUGUUCGCUAACUACCUAUAACUUUUGGGUGAAAGUUUUUAUAUUCUGGUAUAAACACAGUGAGCUCCUUUCUACUGCAUCUAUGCUUUAUGAUAGAGAUUCCUCUAUGGAAUGCAACUCUCUAGAAGAUCUAUGCCAACUUGUGACUUUUCAGCUUGUCUGUCUGUCCGUUUUAUGUAUCCGUAAGUUUGUCCGUAAGCUUGUCCGUGAGUUUGUCCAUCUCAAGGUUUUGAGCAUCGAGUCCUUAACUCGCAGGUCUUCAUCGUGACGAGCAUUAUCCUGAUCGAGAGCAUUUCGGAUCUGACUUUCAUACGGCAAGCGUUGUUGGUCCAUGGCACCUUGAUGGGCUAUCUAAUCGCCUGCUUUGUGAUAGCAACAGGUCAUGUGAGCGGCACUGUGGUGGACAAGCGCCUCGAUAUCCUCUUCUCGAUCGGUGGCUUCUUCCUCUUCGGGGCCGCUGGCACCAUUAUCCUUGCCCAGUGGCUGGGCUACUGCAAGUCGCAGGAGGAGCGGGAGGUGCUGCUGGCCUCCGGGAUUUUGAGUCUGGCCAAUGGCGCCAUCUUCGUGGGCGACAUUUUCGUUGUGUUGGCUUCUUAGCACUAAGUAUUCUAUUUAAUAAAAUUCAAACCUAAAUUGUGCCAAUGGUUUCAUUUGUGGAAGCUUCAAACAUGU